AGGGGGUGGUGGGGGGGUGGGCAGAGACUUGACAGCACCCGCAUUCUCCCACCCCCCUGAAAUAUGAUCAGGGGGGCUUGGAUGUAUCCAAGGGAAGAUGAGGCCGUCUUAAAGAUCUGCUGGGAACCCCGACACAUCGAUAAACCCUGCGCCGAUUCCGAGAGGGCUCAGAGAUGGCGAUUGUCCCUUGCGUCUCUGCUCUUCUUCACCGUCCUGCUGUCUAACCACCUCUGGCUGGUCUCCGCUGGGGCCAAGGCGAGGGGGAACUUCUCCUAUAGCCACCAGGGCAACCUCAGCUGGCUCUCCUCUCAAGGCUUCCCCGGGGGUGCCAGGGGGUGCUGGGACAACUUCUUAAGCAAUUCGACCAAAUCUGCUGCUCAAUCUCCGCAUUGCACUGGUGCCAGGUCCUCUCACCUGGACACUGCCUGCACCAAAUUGCAAAGACAUCGGGGCUCUGGUGGCCCUUCCUUCCCCAGGUCCCACUCCCCUUCCUCCACUUCCUACUACCAAAAGAGGAACUUUUUGAAGGCUUAUUUUAACAAUUUCACGCUGUCCUUUUGUGAUACUUACACCAUCCUGGACCUGCUGCUGGGGAUGUCCAACCCGGACAGCUUGAACUGCAGCCUGGAGAACCUGAUGGAGGACUUCGUGGGGACUGCUGCAGCCUCGUCCUCCUUCACCGACGACGAGGUGUGCAGCAACUGUAUCCAAGCUUACCAGAGACUGGAUCAACAUGCUCAGGAAAAAUACGAGGAGUUUGAUUUUGUUUUGGAGAAGUACCUGCAAUCUGGGGAAUACUCUGUGAGGUCCUGUGUGGGAGAAUGCAAGGCUGUCUACAAAGCCUGGCUGUGCUCAGAGUAUUUCAAUGUAACACAACGACAGUGUCGCAACGGCAUUCCUUGCAAGCAGUAUUGCCUGGAGGUGCAAACCCGCUGUCCCUUCAUACUACCUGACAAUGACGACCUAAUAUAUGGAGGAUUACCUGGCUUCAUCUGUUCUGCAGAUCUGCUAGAAAACCAUAUGUCUAAUACAGAUGCGGUUUGUUGUGAUGUCCGAUGGCAUUCCUGCAAGAGUUCGGGAAGCGGUGCCCACAACACAUCAGUCAAAUCUACGAACUCCCAAUCCAUGUACUACCAACACCGCAGCCGCCACUACCAGCACCCCCACCAUAGGCACCAUCACUUGCAUCCGUACCAUCACAAACCGUCUCUGCUGCCGGUCUCAGCAGGUACUCGUCUCGGAAACACCAGACUAAAGCUGUGCGUGUUGGUGCUGAUGCUGCUCCACACCAUGGCCUCUUUCUCGGCUGUGCAAAACGGGGUGGGCUUGGAUGCCAUGCCAGGCAUGGAUGAAACGUCGGCGCGUGAAGAGUGAACAAGCAGAAGUGCUUUCUGAAAACUCAGAAGGUUGGAAUAAGUCUUUCUAAAGGGUUGGCCCUUUCCUGCGACCAGAAGGCAAAGGGAAGAUCGCCCUCGGCAGCAGCAGUCAACCAUGACACAGCAUGGUGAAAACACAAUGAGUCCUGCGGGUUAGAGGGCCGGUGAGACACAACUUUGAGAAGGGUUCUGUGUCAGUGGCCUUGAAAUGAUGCUUGUGUUAAACAGUCGCGAACGUGAGGCAGAGUAAGAUUGGGGUGGUCCGGUAUCAUUAAGACAAGUGCGGAGAGAACGCCUGGCCAGCUAAUAGGCGGCACUCCGCGGUUAGAGAAAUUCACAGUAGGAAGAGCCCGCUGGUAACUACGGUAACUACCAGUGAGCCUUACUUAAAGUAGACGCUAAGUGCUUUAUCGCUGCCCUGAAUGUAUUCUUGGUCACGCUGUUUGACAAGCCGGCCCGUCUAUUAAGCAGAGUUUGGCCAAGUGGCGGCAGCGUUCUAACAUGAACAACAACAACAAAAAAAAAAUGAUACUCUAACAUUUGUCACGCCAGGUUUACAAGCAGAAAAGGAGAUGUGAUGAAUGAGGGUAUCCCGGGUAGAUGUUAGCACAAUACAUCUAUCAGUAAUCGCUGGUUACAAGUAGACAGGCAUCACGAGCC